AUGCCAUUUUUCACCCGCGUCUUCCGGGGCAAAGAGUCCAGCGCUGCGAAGAAGGCCGCCAAAACCCCCGUGCCCGAGAACAUCACCACGCCCGCAAAACCCACCUGGACUGACGCAUGGCAGCGCACAGAGGUUGCUCCGGAGGAGGUGCAAGAGCUUCUACGAGGAUGCACGCACGAAUUGAAGGCACGAGCUCUCGACACCCCGUUCUUGCUGUUGCCCUACCGUCCCAGUUCUGAUGCUACUACCGCUCGUUCGUUUAUUCGCAAUUACUUCAAUAAUUCUCAGGCACGAGGCUCGCCCGUAAAUGGUGAUGAUUUGGCACAGGAGCUACGCCUCACGGACCCUAUGAUCCUCUGCAGCGUGUUGAAAUGGUGCUGGAGCAGACUCCCUGGCGGAGUCGUUACUUGGGAAGCAUACGAAUUGUUCAAGGUUGGCGAACAAGAUUCACAACUUGCUCGAGAUGCCUUUUCCACUUUCAUCCCUAUUAGCAUCGACUCGGACGCACGAAGCAAGAUUAUCUUCGAUUUCUUUGACCUCUUGACUGCUAUUGCAGCACACGGCAAGUCCAAUGGAUUGGGUGGGCGGAAGCUAUCGAGAUAUGCUGGGUGGUGGGCUUUUGAGCACAUGGACACAGGCAAUGGCUUUGAAGCUGCCUACAAGAACUGGGCUUCUGCCGCGGACGCCACAAGCCAUCUGUUUUUUGCCUAUCUCCGCUCGAUCUCCCCCGAUUUGCCGCGUGGCAUGAGUGGAAUAGCGACAUUGCCAAUUGCCCUCCAGUCACUGGUUCAAGCGACAGAAUACCCGCCUGAGACACCCACACUUCUUCAGAUGACGACCACUAAGGUCGUCAUGAUCGUUGAUACUGUCUCCCCCACCCCAUUUGCUCUUCUGCGACGUGCGAAGAACUUCGAGUAUCGGGACAGCGAUCGCCAUCUGCAGGAAUUCUCUGGGUAUGAAGACCCCAUUCGGGCCCUCACGGACGAGUGCCUUCGCGUGCUGAAAUGCAUCGCCUCGACCAACCAGGCUGAAGUCUCGAAAGAGAAGACCUCCCCCAACCAGGACGAGUCAUGGUCCCGCUUCGAAGACAUCGGAUUCGGCAACACUCUGGAAUCGGAUCUCGAAGACAACACGGUCCAGCACGAGUUUGGCAAUAGUCUGAAAUCCGCUCCCCAGUCCAGCGGAGGAGACCUUGGUCGUCCAACGACCCCUUCGUGGGCUGAUUUCAUGUCCUCUGGCUUCUCGGGAGAUGAGAACAUCCUCAAGGCCCCUGUGGCACCUUUGCUCCUGCCUCCGGAUAAAGUCCUGCCGCCGCUCUCGACGGGACGAGGGAUGAGUUCACAGUCCCACAAGAGAACGUUGGAGUCGGAGCCAGACCUUGAACCGGGCGAGCUGGCCAGCAUCGCCACUCUGGAACUGGACGAUUCGUUCUGGUGGGUUUGGAUCAGCAGUCUGGCAGGCGAGGAACCGGCCACCCGCAAAGCUGUCUUUGGCCGCUGCGCGUUGAUCGAAACCGUCAUUCACGGGGCUAAGUGGCUCGUUCUCGAGGAACAAGUCAGGGGUGCGGCUCCGGAGCCUGAUGCGGGUGCCUACAUUGUGGAGAAGAAACGGUUCUUCGGACUAUCGACGCGCAUGGGCAAACUCGGCCGUCGCAGGUCUUCGGCCAAAAAGGUGACCCCGGUAGGAGAGCCAUACAAGCGGACUGAUAACCCAGCUCCCCAAAGCAAAACCAGCAUUGGCCCUGACCAACACGCCCGGAUUCAAGCCGCUGCGGCUGCUUUGCAAAGGAAGCAUCGCGAUCAGACACAGGAGGAAAAUGCCAACACGACCAAGGUCGACAGCUCCGACGCAGCCAAAUCGGCCAAGACAAACUCCGUUAUGACUCUGCAGCCUUCUAUUAUGAAUGAGGCCUCUCAGGCCAUGAAGUGGGCCAAGAACUACGAUAAGCAUGCGGAUAGGAAUGCUUUUCGCACUGCUUAUUUGGGCGACAGCAAUGCCGGCAAGGGGGCGUCUGUGGAAAAUUUGAAACCUCAGACGGUGAACGAACCCAGCACACCGGUGUCGCUGGCUCCCAGCCAAAUCCCUGAACCCAUUCCCGAAGAAGACACCACUCCGAUGCCAAGCUCUCCUGCUGCCCCAGCUUCUAUCAAGAGCAAUGCGGUCGCUGCAGACCAACCUAGCACCAGCCGGCCAGGCAGUAUUGCCAGCGUUGCAGUGGAGCGAUCUGGCUCUGAAUCGCAGCCCAAGGCAUCCAUAGAUUCCACAGAUUCCAGUAGGAAGCUGAAGAAGAAGCCUGUUGCCACGGGCUUCAAGAGCAUGUUCGCAAAGAAGAAGAACGACACUGAGAUGAAGCCCCCGAUGAAGCCAACCGGCGCAGAGACUUCUGCUGUUGCUGCUGCGCGGGCGGCUCUGGAAAGCAAAGCCAAAGAGUCCCAGGUACCAGUCAGCCGUCCAGUGCCCAACGGGCCCUCUGUUUUGAAGAAGAAGCCCGUUCCUGGCACGACUCCAGCAGCGCCAGAAAAGCCAGCGACGCCAGAGGUUGUCGAGAUCACAGAAACCGAGCGCGAGUCCACUCCCAAGGCCGAGAGUCCCGCACAGAACGGUUCUCCAGAGUCGAAGCCGGAACCGGAGCAGCAGGAGAGCCUUUCCCGGGUGAACACCAAAGAACAGGUUGCUGCGGACCAGGAGUUUUCACGAUUCGAUCAGGGGCCUUUGGUGGAACAACCUGCCUUUGUCCCAGAAUCUCCCGUGUCGCCCGUUUCCGAGAGCAUUCCGGAGAGGGAGUCUGUUUCGCCCGAGAUGAACGAGGCGGAGGAACCCCGCAAGACUCAGGAGGAGACCACCCCCAAGGGAACGGCGAAUGGCAACCAGUUUAACCCCGAGAUCAAAGAUCGAUGGGCGCAGAUUCGCGAGAAUGCGGCGAGACGAGCUGCUGAAGAUGAUGGUGACACCAGUGAAGAGGAGAAUUAUCAACACCGUGCUGCUCGAAUCAAAGCGCGAGUUGCCGAAUUGACAAGAAACAUGGAAGCCGCGCGUUAG